AUGGCGAUCUUUGUAAAUGUAUCUAUCGUUGAACAAGGAACUAUUUAAACUGUUAACAGAAAAUUGUGCGUUGAGGGUUGUAAAAUUCAUUUUUAAUAUGUGUUAUUUAUUUUUCAAAACAAAUAAACCAACAAUAUUUUUUAUCGUGCAACGUGAGAAAUGGUCAUGAGUAAUAUGCCACCUUCGGUUGCAGUCGCGACCGGCCCCGGGGGCCGGAGGGGGUUGGCAGACCUGCGAGAGAGCUCCUCCUCGCUGCUCUGCCGCCGGCGACACAGGCCGUCGAUCUCGUCCAGGAACACCACGGUCACCGCGUCCCUCGCCGUCACCGUCUCAAACAGCUUCUGCACCAUCCUGCCGUCGCCACAACGCCCCUCACUCCGCCUGUCCCACCAGCUCUUACGUCCAGUGUCAGAACAUGAACACCUCGUGUGGAGAACUGCCUCGAGGGGGUUGCGGGACUCACCGGCCGGCGCGGCAUCGUCGUCCCCCCUCCUCCGCCUCUGCACGGCCAGGCUCUGGCGCAGGAGCGGCGCGCGGCUGCCGGUGGCCACCGCGGCCACGGCCGGCCGCGCGGCCGUCGCGUCCGCGCUGGCCCGGAGGAGGCCUACCACGUGGGCCAGCGCCUCCUGUGCAGUCAGCACCUCGUCACCCUGCAUUUUGGUGUUGCGCAAUCUACCGACACGCUUUGCGGCGUUACUACUGUUCUGUCGCAAUUCACAGUGUAGCCUUGUCCCCAGGUAUGGUGCUUAUGUCGAAAGAAAAUAUUCAUAGUCUAUUCUGUGUGAAGAUAAUAAUUUUUUUAGUGUGCCUCUCUGGAAGCGAGUCGUGAGUUGCGGAAGGACGGUGCUCACCUUGAUGACGCUACUGGGCUCAAGCAGCUGCACUUGAAGCAGCGAGUCCACGCUCGCCAGCAGCGAAUCUCUGGUCGCCUCGUCAGCGGCUACGUCAAUGUCCGCCAACCUGCGCAGUUCAACAAAGUAGUUUUUUUUUGACGUGACAACGUCUGAUAAAUCGAUGGACGCCGGCUGCACGCACGAAAAAGCGACACCCGUUACGCACAUUGUUCCGGUACGCUGUGUCCCGUUACGCUCAUUGUACGCUUGCGCCGCAUCUGUCUCUCUUCCACUCGACUGUAUAAAGUGGAGUGAAAAGUUAAAUGUGGUUUUCGUUGUUUAUUACAAAACAAUUUCGGCAAAUAAAGGUUAAUUAUUCUUGCA